CGCUCCCCUUCCUCCCCCUCCUCCUUCUCCCUCCUGCAACAUACUAUUACUAUUACUAUUACUAUUAUAACCUCUCUCUGUGCAUUUGAAGGCUUUAUCAAACUAAUGAACCCUCCAGUUUUUUUUUUUUUUUUUAUAAUACGAGUGUAAAUAUUUUGCAUGGUGGCUUCACAAUGCCGCAGUGCCAUUGAAAAAAUAUUAUGAUGUUUUUUGAGUGGCGAACAGUCUGGGUUUUUUUUUUAAUUGAAUGAGUGAAAGAGUCUGAUUCUUUAUGUACGUGUGUAUGGCUGUAUGUGUGUGUGUGUGUGUGUGUGUGUGUGUGUACAGGCCUUGUAUAGUGCCACAGUGCCAUAAGUGCCAAUAGAACCGUGAACUCCUUAAUUUUCCUCCGUCUUGGGGCUGUUAAGGGUGUAUGGGUGUGUGUGUAUGGCUUUGUAUAGUGUAUAUAUGUGUGUGUAUGUGUGUGUGUGUGUGUGUACAGGCCUUCUCUAGUGCCACAGUGCCAUAAGUGCCAUGGUGCCAAUAGAACCGUAUACUUCUUAAUUUUCCUCCCUCUUGGGGCUGUUAAGGGUGUAUGGGUGUGUGUGUAUGGCUUUGUAUAGUGUAUGUGUGUGUGUGUGUGUGUAUGAGUAGGGUGCCUUGUAUAGUGCCAGUGGUCUCAAAAUGUAAAAUCGGGUUUGCAGACAUUGCUUGCGUUGGAGACUGUACAAUAUUUCCCUUCGCUGUUUUAGAGGUGCUGGUGGUUCGUGUAUGGGUGUGUGCAGGUGUGUAUGGGCUGUAUAAGGUGUGUGAGUGCGUACAGUGCCACAUAGAGCCUUACAGUGCCAGACCAGGGGAGUGAAACAAAUCUGGCAUCUUCCUAGCUGACGUCAUGGCGCGCGCAGCUACUCGGGUUCAUUUCAGUGAUCGAAAAGUGUAAUAGCGAAUCUUGUCUCCCAGCCUGCAGCCUGCCCUAGCCUGACCCGCCAGACAUGUGCCCCAGGCCUUCCCCUAGCCUGCAGAGCCAUGUAAGCCUGCAGGUCAAGGUCAGGUCAAACGCAACAGGCCGUAACGUGAAAAAUGAAGAGAUUUACGAAGACUGUUUGAUGGGCUCAGGUCCUCCGUGCACCCCACCAACAAGCAAGAGGUUGAGGAAAUACAAAUUUUUGAGACUCUGCAAGCUGAUGCCUUCCAGAUCGCGAAGCAUAGGCAGGCCAGGCGUGGACGUCCACCUGCGGCAUGAAGGGGACGCCGCUGUUGUAGCUCUGUCCUUCCUCAUAAACGAUGGAGCGCUCGUUUCCGCGACUGGGGACGACACCCUACACAUGUGGUCGUUGCGGCAGAAAACGCCACAGAUUUUGCAUUCUCUCAAGUUCCAGAGGGAGAGGAUCACCACUUUACAUGUCCUGUUCCAAAGCAAGUGGCUGUAUUUGGGGACUGAGCGAGGCAACAUUCAUAUCGUUAAAAUUGUGACCUUUGAACUGAGUGGUUAUUGUAUAAACUGGAAUAAGGCCAUUGAAUUGUCACGCAAGACACACCCUGGCACAGUGGUCCAUCUUAGUGAAAACCCUGUCGACCCUGGCAAGCUGCUGAUUGGCUAUGAAAGUGGGCAACUGGUUCUGUGGGAUUUCAAGGCUUGCUGUGCUGAUGUCAGAUAUCAGGCCACUGAACCCCUAAGGUCAGUGUCUUGGCACCAUGAAGGAAAGCAGUUUAUGUGUUGUCAUACUGAUGGUUCGCUCACAACCUGGACUCUGAAGCAAGCCUCGGCCAGACCCACCUCGACUGUCUUCCCUCAUGGUGAUUUGAUAUCAAAGCUGGUGCAGGAAAAGGAAGCAGAUCGUGACCUUGAGCAGCUCGGGAAGAUAAGCAGCGUCCUUAAGAGAACAGUUGCUGUCAUUAGCAGAGUUGGAACCAGUGUGUGUGAGACACACACCAGCAGUGGAAAGGUGGCUGACGAGCGCCUCAAGCACUCUGAAAAGGUGGAGCAACAACAAGAAACAGAAAAUUGCAUCCAUCAUUCUUUGCCUGAGGGAAUUGAUGCUCUGUUGACCCUUGACAAUGACGUCCCUCAUGAGGAGAAUAUGAAUCCUACAGAACUUGCCCAUAGAAAGACCAAAAGUGUUACUGCUGCCACUACCACCACUGCCACCGCUUCCACUGACACCAAAAGCCCAACUGUGCAGAGAAUCCUGGACCUCCGCAAUGAAAUGGAGUCCACCAGUCAGCUGGAGCACUUUAGCCUCCAAAAGUUCCAUCCGUGUCCAUUGUGUUUGGGUAAACUUAUCACUGUAUGAGGGGACAAGUAUCUGUGUAUGGUUACUAUAUACUCAUUUGUACUUAAAAAUGUCAUGUCACAUCAUUCUCUCUCUCUCUCUCUCUCUCUCUCUCUCUCUCUCUCUCUCUCUCUCUCUCUCUCUCUCUCUCUCUCUCUCUCUCUCUCUCUCUCUCUCUCUCUCUCUCUCUCUCUCUCUCUCUCUCUCUCUCUCUCUCUCUCUCUCUCUCUCUCUCUCUCUCUCUCUCUCUCUCUCUUUCUUUCUUUCUUUCUUUCUUUCUUUCUUUUGUUGCAUAUUUUACUCCUUUACAUUCUUCCCUACAGUAUUUUUUCGUCUACUUUAUGACUGGAGUCGUUUUAUCAUCCCAAUGUAUGUCCCAUCCAUUCUGAAACUGUAAUUCACCAAUCAGCUCAAAUGUGUCUCAGUUUUGAUAAUCAUUAAUUUGUUUCAGCUACACAACCACUCUGAUAAGGGACAAAAUCUACUUCACCAGUCAUCUAUGUCAUACAGUCAUAUAUAUUCAUACAUAUGACAAAAUACUCUUCCUAAGACAUUUCUAAUUUUCUCUUCUCAAGUGACCUGUCCAUCUAUCUAAGGUACCACAUAACAUUUAAAACUUACAAUAUUGCAUUUAAUUCAUGAACAUUUUUUUUUGUCUAUGUAGACUUGAAAUUGUAUUGCGUAUAGACUUGAAAUGUAUUGCGAGUUUUCUCUAUCUCUCAUUCUAUACCUAACACCUGUUCCUAAGAAUCCCCAGGUGAUAGCCAUGGUGACUGGCUGGUCUCCUACUGAGUGGCUGGGGUUUUCCAAAAGUGAGGGUUGGUGUUCUAUACCAUACCAUGUGCCCUGUUUGUAUUCCUUCUCUAUCCUCUGUAUUAUAUUCUAUGUAAAGAUGGUGCUGGGAUGGGAUCUACUUCUUAUUCCCUAAAAGUGAUGAGGAGUGACACUGGGCAGCAUUAAUUUGCUCCUUAGAGAUGGCUGGGUUCCUGUGGAUGAGUGGGCCAUGCUGUGCUUUGUCAAGGAUGGUGUUUGGUAUUGUGAUGACUCUUGCCACAAUCAAGUGUCUCCCACAGAGUAGUGGAGUACCUAUGUAUGGUGUUGACCCAAGCUGUCCAGGUCUCAUCCAAUGCCUUAAUAUGAUUUAGAUGAUCAAAAUGGUUUAACUCACCAUUUAAUCAGCUGACUGAUUUGAAUGGAGAAGUAUGUAAUGUGUUGUAGCCUAACCAUCCCUGCCAGCAUGGUCAGACUCUUGGUAGUAACCUGAAAUGCUCCUAGGUAGUGAGUAUCAUUGCACAUAAUGAUCUUUACUUUGUCAGUAAUUCAAUGAUACUGAAUAUUACUCUACUGGAUUUUGCUCAGCACUGCUUGGUAACUUUUGGCCAUAAUCCCAGGUCUGGAAUGAUAUGAAGCCAUGUUUUUACAUUCCAUAUGAGAUAGGCAAGCACUAUGCUUUGCCUGACUGAUACCUCUACUUUGCAUUUAUGACCCCAGGUAGUUCAUCUCUCUCUCUCUCUCUCUCUCUCUCUCUCUCUCUCUCUCUCUCUCUCUCUCUCUCUCUCUCUCUCUCUCUCUCUCUCUCUCUCUCUCUCUCUCUCUCUCUCUCUCUCUCUCUCUCUCUCUCUCUCUCUCUCUCUCUCUCUCUCUCUCUCUCUCUCUCUCUCUCUCUCUCUCUCUCUCUGUUUGGAAUUAUACUGUAUAUUAGGAAAUAUCAUUAAAGAGUGUGUGUGUGUGUGUGUGUGUGUGUGUGUGUGUGUGUGUGUGUGUGUAAAAAGUGUUUGCAUUAUUGUACAUUUGAUGUUAUAGCCCCAGGUUCUUAAAGUUUUCUGGUUUCAUGAUUUAUAAAGAUUGCUAUUUUUAAUAAAGUUAUUGAAAUUGU